AUGCGCAGUCAGUGUUCUUGCCAGUAAGUUAAGAUGGCGGAUCUGCUCGGUUCAAUUUUAAGCUCGAUGGAAAAGCCUCCAACAGUUGGCGACCAAGAAAGCCGGCGAAAGGCUCGAGAGCAAGCAGCGAGGCUCAAGAAGAUGGAGGAAGACGAGAAAAAAAAGAAAAUCGCAUUCAGGAAAAAGAUGGAGAAAGAAGUGUCAGAUUUAAUCCAAGACAGUUUACAACAGAAGCGCAAGUACAACCCAAUGGGGAAGAUUGAGAGGAGUAUAUUGCACGAUGUCGCUGAAGUGGCAGGUCUGACUUCAUUUUCUUUUGGGGAGGACGAGGAGAGCCGUUACGUUAUGUUGUUCAAAAAGGAGUUUGCGCCGUCCGAUGAGGAGUUGGAAGCUUAUCGCAAAGGAGAGGAGUGGGAUCCGCAGUUGGCAGAGCAGCGCCGCAGGCUAAAAGAGCAGGCGGCGCUGGAAGAAGAGGCAUCCCGGCAGUCCAACAAGUCUGAGGCGUGUCCCAACUCUAACUACAGAGACAAGUACAGUCACCUGAUCGGAACAUCUGCAGCCAAAGAUGCAGCGCACACGCUCGAAGCCAACCAAGCGUACGGAUGUGUGCCGGUGGCCAACAAGAGGGACACUCGCUCCAUAGAAGAAGCCAUGAAUGCCAUCCGAGCGAAGAAGCGGCAGAAGCUGGAAGACGACACAGGCGCACACAGCAGCACUUCUUGAGUCUCUCUGUGUGUUCGUGCGUGUGGGCGCUUGUGCAAUGUGAUCCCUGUCUAUAAAUGCAAUAUUGUGUUCUACUUCAGAGACAGUAUGUACGGCAGGUGGAGGCUCCUUUCUGAGACACUCAGUGUUUCUGCUUUUCUGGCAAGUAACACAUGGGACAGUAUGAGGAACGCGCUUUUAUAACGUGGUGUUACCUCAAAUCAUUUUAAUGCAGAUUCUCUUAGUAUUAUCACAACAUUUUUUACAAGGGCACUGUUACUGCCUGUAUUCUAUUAAAUAUAUUUUGACCCAUUUCCACCCAUUUUAAUCUCGUUCAAAACUCAAGAUUAAUAUUGACUCAACACUCUUUGUAUGACAUGUAUGAAUUUUAAAAUUCAGGGAUUUUUUUGCUUCUUUUGUUUGUGAGCAACCGCCUCUCCAUGAUGUCAUGUCAUAAACGCAGGCGAUGACUAGAGAUGGAUUGCUGUGAUCGAUACGUUUGAUUGAACUUCUAUUGUUGGUUAUUGUCUCAGAGAAUGAUAUGUCUGGGAUUUCUAAGAAGAUGUCUGUGCUGUUUUAGCCCUAUGUGUAUUAAAAUAGAGGAUGUUA